UCCAACAUUUCCGUGGACUGGAUGUUCUGGUUUCUUCUCACGGCUGCGUUUCGCAACAUGACCCACUCAAGUUCCGUGGACCGCGGCGCCCGGACUCUGAGCUUUCCUCCGCGAUGUGCAGCAGACCUCGGCACUGACUGCUCAGCUGGAGCAUCGCAGAAGCUGCUGCGCUGAAUGACUCCGAGCCGCGGCGUCCCGUUUGUGCGUAAAUUCCGGACGCCGCUUCUGCGCGGUUUGCCACGUUUCUCUUGCGCUCCGCGUUUAAUCAGAAAUCUUUUACUGAGCGGGACGCGCACACGAAGAUUAAUGCAUCGCUGGAUUAAAGUCACUCUGAACGUCGUAAUCCCAACAGACGCCUCGACUGAAACGUUCCUGGAUAAUCAGUGCAGCGAAGAGGAGAAAUUAAUGGACAAACAUUUUACUCUGGGAAACUGAAAGAAAACCUUUUCUUAUCAUCUCAUUCCAGCGAAGUUGUGCGGAUGGCCCAGAGUCCCAGCAGACGCUGAAGAGACUCCGACACCGAAACAGUUCUCACAUUAAUCAUGCAACUCUGGUGUUCUUGUCUUCAAAGCGUCGUAGAAAAAGUCUGACACAAGAACCUAAAAUCAGGAAGAAACAAAAGAUAAAAGUGAAACGAGUGUCAUCAUCUUCCUACAUCCAAUUCUGGGUUUUGUUGAAGAGGAGAAACAGAUUUAUGGCUGAUAAAUUGGAAAUUAUGACGAUGUUACGACCUGAUGGAUUAGGAUUUAACCUCAACGACGAAGCAAAAAGGAGAAUUUGAAAUGUAAUAAUUGAUUUGGUUGAGAAAAUACACAAUAAUUAACAUUUUUAUUGAUCAAACAGUCAAUCAAGUUGAUUUGUGUUGCACAUUUCAGCAAUAUUACAGAUUAGAAACAUAAACACAUCAGAUAGUCAACAGGUUUGAAAACAAAUAAGUGGAUCAAAAAUGUUGAUUUAAAAUCACAAUUAGAAAAAAGGUUAAAGCAAAAACAAGAUCAAUUUACACAAAACAAGAUUAAAAUGAUUGAAUUAGAGACAUUUAGUCAAUAAAUACAAUCAGAACAAACAGUCGACAUAAAACAGUUAUUAUACACACAAUAAGAGUUAAUAAAUUGAGAUGAUUUUAUGUAUUUGGAUAUUUAAAAUGUCUUCCAGUUCCAGUGUUAAAUACUCAUGAGAUAUAGUUAUUCAUUAAUUGUUUUUAAUAAUGAUUAUUAAAUGACGACAAAACAACAACAUUAGCGCUUAUGGCGAUAACUUCCGGGUCGACUUGGAGGAAGUGUUGAUGAUUCAAAAUGUUGACAGAUCUGAUGUGUUAUGAGCCAGUUGUUUUUUAAACAUCAUUCGGUUCUUCUCUGGAUCUUCUUAUGAACUGAAAUCAUGGAAAACGUCACGGAAAACAACGCGACAGCGGCGCCCUGGACCGAGGCCACGCUGCUCAGCCUGCAGGUCUCCCUCUACGUGCUGCUUGGCGUCGUUACCUUGGUAACCGCGCUCUCCAACGCCUUCGUCAUAGCCACCAUCUUCCUGACCAGAAAGCUCCACACGCCGGCCAACUUCCUGAUCGGGUCUCUGGCCAUCACGGACCUGCUGGUGUCCAUCCUGGUGAUGCCGAUCAGUAUCGUGUACACCGUGACCAAAACAUGGUCGCUCGGUCAGAUUGUUUGCGACAUCUGGCUCUCCUCUGACAUCACCUUCUGCACCGCCUCCAUUUUGCACCUGUGCGUCAUCGCGCUGGACCGCUACUGGGCCAUCACGGACGCGCUGGAGUACUCCAAGCACCGCACCAUGCGCAGGGCGGCCAUGAUGGUGGCGGUCGUUUGGGUGAUCUCCAUUUCCAUUUCCAUGCCGCCGCUCUUCUGGCGGCAGGCCAAAGCGCAGGGCGAGCUGACGGAGUGCGUGGUGAACACGGAGAAGAUCUCCUACACCCUGUACUCCACCUUUGGUGCCUUCUACGUCCCCACUGUGCUUCUCGUCAUCCUCUACGGGAGGAUCUACGUUGCGGCGCGUUCACGCAUCUUCAAGACGCCGGCAUCCGGGAAGCGCUUCACCACGGCGCAGCUCAUCCAGACCUCCGCGGGGUCUUCGCUCUGCUCUCUGAACUCCGCCUCGCACCAGGACGCGCACCUGCACGCUGGAAACACAGGCGGAGGUGGAGGCGGAGGCUCACCUGUGUUCAUGAACAGCGUGAAGGUGAAGCUGGCGGACAGCGUGCUGGAGAGGAAACGCCUGUGCGCGGCGCGGGAGCGCAAAGCGACCAAGACGUUGGGCAUCAUCCUGGGCGCCUUCAUCGUCUGCUGGCUGCCGUUCUUCGUCAGCACGCUGGUCAACGCCAUCUGCACGGCGUGCUGGUUCAGUCCGGUUCUGUUCGACCUCUUCACCUGGCUGGGAUACCUGAACUCGCUCAUCAACCCCGUCAUCUACACGGCGUUCAAUGACGACUUCAAGCAGGCUUUCCACAAGCUCAUGAAGUGCAGACGGAGCUUUUAGGCCGCGGCAAACACACAAACUAUGUUCCAGUAGAUUCCAACUUCUGCAGUUCAAUUCAUGGAAUAUUAGGGAGAUUAUAGGAGUAAAUCUCCACCAAACAACUCAGAACUUUUUACAUUAGUCUCCAAAAUCUACAAGAAAAACAUGGAAAUGUCUGAGUUUCAACAGUUGAAAAACUGCAAGAAAAAACUUGCAAAUUUUGAGAUUAACUAGAAAUAUUCCAGAUUUUUGUUGACUUCUGGAGUUUCACAAGUCAACAAAAAUAUUUGAUCUCAAAAUUUCCCAUUUUCUUCCAGCAGAUGUUUGACUUGAGUCAUUGAGCCCUGGGACACCGAUGGCAUAGAAAAUCAGAACAUUUCUGCCAAAUAACUCUAAAAUUAUGAGAUUAUCAUUUUUUAGGACUUUUUAAAUUUUUUUGAGUUUCAAAAGUUGAACAUUUUCAACUUGAAACACAAAGAAAACAAAAAUUAAAAACAUUCUCAAAGUUUUAAUAUCAAACUUUGACUUUUUUCUUGGAAAUUUUCAAUUUAUGAAACACAAAAAAAAAUCCCAAAAGUCAAAAAUGUUCGACUUUUUACGGAGCCCUUUUGGGGAAUUGGGAUUUUUUUUUUCUUUCUUUUUUUGCGAGAUUUUCCGUCCCUGCAAUCAUCUACUGAUCAGUUCAUGGGACAUAAUUGAAUCCUGUAAGCCUUUCUUUCCUACCUUCUGCUUUAAUAAAAGGUUCUGUGGGGUUUUCCACGAACGUUAGUAUCUCGUUGUGAAAUAUCUGAAGUUUUAUAUCUUUGUCUUAGGAUAGAAAGACACCAAAAAGCUAUUUAAACAGAAAUGUUCCGUUAGUAGGAAAGAAAUAAAAAUGCAUCCUAAUUUGGACUAUUUGUGAGAUGAAGCCUGGGCGUAAAUUCAAACUGGAAGCCUCUCUAGCCCCACCUGCAUC